GACGAGUUUAUGGAUUUUUUCGGAAAUAAUCAAUAUUAUAUUCCUUUGAAUAAUGACUGGUUUUUGUAUAUUUUUACGGUUUUUAUUAUAAAAUGUACAGUUUUUGUUUUGAUAAUUGAUAUUUUUCUUAUGUCAUUUGAGAAAAUGAAGGUCUUCUUGACCUUUAAUUGUUGUCUUGAUGUCUACUUUCGUUUCAAUUAUAUUAACUAUUUUUUUUUUGUUUCAGAAGGUAAACAAUCAAUCAUAUUACUGAAGGCCGGGCGGAAGGAUGAAGCAAGGAGAGCUGCGGCGUGCCCUCCUGUUCGUUAUUCUGUUCUGCAUAUUUCUCUUCUUUUAUCUAUACUGGCAACAAUCGACCAAAUAUAUUCCAACUGUGAUUUAUGGAUAUAAACACGUCAAAGCAAACCAUAGGAGUUCCAGUCCUCCCCAAUGGACAUGGGAUUGCGUCAAUCAGCGAUGCGAAAGGCGGUUCAUAAAAGAACCAGUUAAGGCCGUAUCAUUGCCGACAUGCAGCAUGCUUUGCGGAUCGACCCAGCUGUGGCCGCAACCAACAGGACCUGUAACUUUAGGAAGCAAAGCUCUCAAGUUCAAUCAUAAUCAAUUUAUAUUCGAAACAGAAAUUGCUGGACCAGUAAAAGCAUAUUUAGAAGAAGCAUUUACUUCAUUUAACAACAACAUUGUUAGCUUGAUAGAAAGAACGGACUAUACGAAAGAUAAAACAGAUUUAUCUGAAUUUUUAAUCAAAGUCACUAUACAGAAUCCUACAAUUGUUAAAUUAGAACUAAAAACUGACGAAAGUUAUAACUUAAUCAUAAAAUCCUUAAAAGACACUAUUAGAGCCAAUAUAACAGCAAAUACCUAUUUUGGAGCGCGUUGCGCUCUUGAAACCCUUUCGCAACUAAUUUGGUGGGAUCCCUACAGCAAUGGCGGCGGUAUGCUUAAAGUUAUUAAAGGCGCCACUGUACAAGACAAACCAGCAUUCGCUUAUAGAGGAUUAAUGAUCGAUACAUCCAGAAAUUUCAUGUCAAUAGAGAGUCUUAAAAGAGUACUAGUUGGAAUGGCUUCAAACAAACUAAAUGUUUUUCACUGGCAUGUUAGCGACAGUCAAAGUUUUCCUUUGGUUAUUCCUAGCCUUCCUUUAAUGGCUAAAACUGGAUCGUAUGGACCAGAAAUGACGUAUAGUCCUGAGGAAGUAAAAGGUCUGGUGGAAUUUGCAAGGAUAAGAGGCAUUCGGGUUCUUUUGGAGGUUGAUACGCCAGCUCAUGUUGGAAAUGGUUGGGCUUGGGGACCAACAGAAGGUUUAGGAGAACUGGCAGUAUGUAUUAACGAACGUCCUUGGAGUAUGUAUUGUGGAGAACCACCCUGUGGUCAACUUAAUCCUGAAAAUCCUCAUGUCUAUGAUAUCUUAGAAAAACUGUACAAAGAUCUCCUGGAUUUGAGCGGUGAAACAGAAAUUUUCCAUUUAGGAGGCGACGAAGUAAAUUUAGAAUGUUGGUCUCAACAUAUUCAGCGUACAAGCACCGUUUACAAUUAUACAGAUCUUCAUGAGUUGUGGGGAGAUUUUACCAUCAAAGCCCUAAAUAGACUAACAGCAGCUAACGGUGGAACAAAGUUUCCAUAUGUUAUAUUGUGGUCUAGCAAACUAACCAAACGACCUUAUCUUAUGAAAUAUUUGGAUAAAAAUCAAGUUGUGGUACAGAACUGGGGAGCAAGUCAAUGGUCUGAUACUCCAGAUCUACUAUCCGAUGGUUACAAAGUGAUUAUUUCUCAUGUGGAUGCUUGGUACUUAGACUGUGGUUUUGGUCGUUGGAGAGAAACAGGUGAAGCAGCUUGUGAUCCCUACCGUCCUUGGCAAACAGUUUACAAUCAUAGACCGUGGCAACAGCAGCAUCUAGAUAAGAAAUUGAUUCUCGGAGGCGAAGCUUGCCUUUGGAGUGAACAAUUCGAUGAAGGUUCCCUUGACGCUCGUCUAUGGCCCAGAGCUGCUGCAUUUGCAGAGAGAAUGUGGAAUGAUCCUCAACUUGACAUGAAUACGUUUGGAAUUCAAGAAGAUGUCUACACACGAUUAAAUACUCAAAGAGAUAGGUAUGUAUUUUAAGUCUUUUUUAUUAUAAAACU